UUCAGCCGAAUCGGAUAGACAUAAUAGCAGGAGACUACCGAGAAGUCACCGAGGAAGAAUGACAUCGUUUGCUCUACCCGUCGUCCUGCUGUUGGCAGUUUUUGGUGCAUCGCUGGCACAACGAGACACAUCGCUCCGAGUAAUCGAUGCGCUGCGCGAGGUGAAUCCAGCGUUUCGGGACCUUAGAAACCAGGUCGUCAAUGCAGUGGCCAGUGCCAAGCUGAACAGCUCGGAAGUAGUGUACAAGUUCAACGUGGAGGUAGCGACGCGCAAGGAAUCCUUUCUCAACAGUGCUAUCAGUGCCGAAGCCGGUGUACUGCGCCAGGUGAAUGGCCAAAGUUUGGAAACUGAUACGAGCUGCCUGGGCUUCCUGCGCCAAAGUGUCGAUGUGAACAUGAACCUUGCCGGUGUAUCGUUUACGAACUGUCUCAAUACCGUCGACUCUACGCUCUCGUCGGAAAUCGUCAGUUUCUAUAACGUGCUUCAGGUUAACGAAACGUCGUACGUCAACCUCAGCGUGUAUGACGUGUUCCGGGGACAGAACGUGUUCGUCAACCCGCAGACGAUCAUCGAUCGUUUGAUGGAGAAACUUUCGGCCCUCCAGCAAGCUCCUGUGGAGUUGGUUCAAGAGCUUUCCGAACUUGUGCAAGCGUUCGAAGCCCGACUGUCUGAUAUCCGGGCGGCCUACGAAGGAUGUUUGUCUCAGAACGAUCAGCUUCUGCAGAGUACCUUGAACACGGUGCUAUUGCAGUUGCAGCAGAUUUGUCUCGGUGUUCUGCUGCCUGCCGACCCUACGGAUGUUCCCUCCGAACCUACAACCGAUCCCAGCGAGGAAACGGAACCGGCAGAAACCGAACCAGCGGAAACGGUACCGACUGAACCCGAACCAGCUGAGACAGAACCCGCAGAAACGGAACCGACAGAAGCCGAGAGUGAAAAUCCACACCCGGAGACCCCUGCACCUGCAGUUUUUAGAUAUAAGCCUUGAGUGAAUGCAUCAGUAUAGAAAAUCAAUAUCAUUUUUUUCGUCCAAUAAAACACUUAACAUUUAAUACUUCUA